AUGAUGUUGUUACUAGCAGCGGGUAUCAAUGCUGGUGGCAUUGCUAUCUACUGGGGUCAAAACGGGGGUGAGGGCACGUUGGCUGAGACUUGCUCGACAGGGAACUAUGAUUUCGUCAACCUUGCGUUUCUUCCAACUUUUGGAAACGGUCAAACCCCCAUGAUUAAUCUUGCAGGUCACUGUGAUCCAUACAGCAAUGGCUGCACCAAUUUAAGCUCUGAAAUCAAAUCAUGUCAAACUAAAGGAAUCAAAGUGAUGCUGACCAUUGGAGGAGCAGCUGGGAGCUACUACCUCACCUCUGCUGCAGAUGCCAAACAAGUCGCCACUUACCUUUGGAAUAACUUCUUAGGUGGGAAAUCAUCCACACGUCCUCUUGGUGAAGCUGUUUUAGAUGGAAUCGACUUUGAUAUUGAAGGAGGAACCACCCAACACUGGGAUGACCUUGCCAGGUAUCUUUCUGGAUACAGCAGUCGAGGCAAAAAGGUGUACUUGACAGCAGCUCCUCAGUGUCCUUUCCCAGAUGCAUAUAUUGGAACUGCCCUUAAAACAGGUCUUUUUGACUAUGUUUGGGUUCAGUUCUAUAACAACCCUCCUUGUCAGUACUCGGGAGGUAUGACCAGUUUUGAAGAUUCUUGGAAACAGUGGACUUCUGAGAUCCCAGCAACCAAGAUUUUCUUGGGGCUGCCUGCAUCACCUACAGCUGCAGGAAGCGGGUAUAUCUCUGUUGGUGACCUAACUUCCAAAGUGCUUCCAGGAAUCAAAGGUUCUGCAAAAUAUGGAGGAGUUAUGUUGUGGGAUAAGUACCAUGAUGAUCAAACUGGAUACAGUUCUUCCAUCAAAACCCAUGUGUAG